CUAAUUCAACCAACUCUUUUCCAACCCACAAUUUCUCUUUUCUUCUCUCUCUCUGCAGCACCACCAUGCCACCAGUUUACCACCUUCUCUGAGCCCAAAAAACCCACAAAAAUGCUGCAAUAAUAUUAAUCCCAUUCCAAAUUUCUUGUUCUAUUGUGUUUUCUGAUGCACGUUCUUCUUUUGCACAUUGAGUUCCUCAACCCUGUUCUUGUUUUUCCUCUUCAAUUCUUCAAUUGGUCUCUGAUUCUUUGAAAUCUCUGUUUCUUGAGCCUGUUUAUCCGCCAUGGUUGCUGUUUUUUCAGGUGCUCACAACAAUGGUUAAUAUUCUCUGUAUAGGAUCAGAGGUUACAUUCAAAAUUUAACUGCAACAAAUUGUCACAUACAUUCUGCACGACGUAACGAUUGAUAUCAACUAUGGUGAGCUUAAGACGGCGCAGGCUCUUGGGACUAUGCGCUGGGAAAAGCUCAUCUGUAACUUCACUUCCUAAGUUUUCAGAAAACGGAAUCGCUCCCGAAAAUCCUAGUCCGAGUAGCAAAUUUGUCACUGUGCAUCCCACGUCUUCUGAUGAUGUUCACAUCACAGAUAGGAGCUCUGUUGUAAAUAUGGAAUCCAGUUUUGCAAAUGCAUUGGAUUUGACCUCGCUGAAAGAACAAUCUAAUCAGCCCAUCUCAGGGCAUCCACUAAAACAUCGGAAGAGACAUAGGAGAAAGAACUCUCAUAAUCAAGAGCUAUCAAUCAUGAGGGGCGUCUACUUCAAGAACAUGAAAUGGCAGGCUGCAAUUAAAGUCGACAAGAAACAGAUCCAUUUGGGGACGUUUGGUUCCCAAGAAGAGGCUGCUCAUUUGUACGACAGAGCUGCUUUUGUAUGUGGACGUGAACCAAAUUUCGAGCUCUCCGAGGAGGAGAAGCAAGAACUCCAAAAGUUCAAAUGGGAAGACUUCUUAGCAAUGACUCGCCACGCAAUUACGAACAAAAAGCACAAGAGACUCAUCGCAGGAUCACCAACCAAGCCUGGAGCUUCGUCGGUCGACAACACCGAGUUCAAGCAUAGGUUCAUUGGGUUUCCUGUGCGGGAAGACGUUAACCGUUCCAUCACCUGAGCUAGCCUAGCUCAAGAAGAAUGGUUCAAGAGGUUAGCCAAAUUGGUUGAACCUCCGUUGAAUAGCCCCAAGUAAAUGUGUUUUUAGGCAAAUUCUUAUAGCUUUGGCCCAAUAAGCAUAUUAGUGUUGAGGCCUCCAACAAUGUU